AGUUAUUGCAAUACAACAAUUUUAUUAUUUUAUUUUAGUUCGUAUUUUACAGGUUUGAUCCAGAUUCAACUUUAAUACUUUAAUUUAUGAGCUCAUACUUAGUUUUAAACAAAAUGAAUGCCUUGUUAAUACUAUUUUGGAUUUCACCAGCACUAGCAACUAUUACAGGAUCCAAUAUUUGUACCAGACAAGAAACGUAUACUGUAACAGUACGGGUAUCGGAGGAACAGCCUUAUCAAGUACGCGAGUAUGUGUGGUGCGUUAAUUUUCCACCACGUUGUUCCAAAUAUAAGAUUAAAUUUCGUACCAUCUACAAAACCCAAAAUUUGGUUAAAACUAGACCUGUAGAAGAUUGUUGUAAGGGUUAUUCAAAAAAUGCAGCCGAAACCAAGUGCAUUCCAAUUUGUUCAACGAGCUGUUUGCACGGCCUGUGUGUAGCUCCUGAAACAUGCCAGUGUGAAUCGGGCUGGGGAGGACCAAACUGUGAUAUAUCUUGCCCUAACGGUUUUUGGGGCAGAGAAUGCCAAAAUAAGUGCAUGUGCCAAAAUAACUCAACUUGUGACCCGUUUAAUGGUCAUUGUCGAUGUUCUCGAGGAUGGAUUGGAGAUCAAUGCGAAAUAAAAUGCAAUCGAGGGACUUAUGGUCAAGAUUGUGCAGAAAAAUGCAGAUGCGAUCAUGGCGAAUGCGAUCAUAUAUCUGGGGAAUGUCAUUGUCAUUCCGGAUGGAUGGGUCCUCUAUGUGAUGAUACAUGCAAAAUUGGAACUCAUGGCCCUGAAUGUAAGUCAGAAUGCCGUUGUCAAAAUGGAGGAACGUGUGAUUCGGAAGAUGGUAAAUGUUACUGCCAACCAGGAUGGAUAGGUUUUGUGUGUGCAAACAGAUGUCCUUUUGGAUUCUGGGGUGAAAAUUGCAGUAAAACAUGCGAUUGCUAUAAUGGAGCCUCCUGCCAUCAUGUUACUGGCUUGUGUGAAUGCCAGCCUGGAUUUAAAGGAGAUAGGUGUCUGGAUCAGUGCCAAGAUGGAACUUGGGGGACCGGCUGUGCUAAAAAGUGCAAUUGUAAAAAUGGAGCAAAAUGUUCUAACAAAGAUGGCAGCUGUUUGUGUGAAAAGGGUUGGAGAGGAAAAUUAUGUGACAAAAGAAAUUGUGUAGACGGACUUUAUGGACCCAACUGUGAUAAAACGUGUCAGUGCAAUAACGAAAACACGGAAAUGUGUCACCCGUGGACUGGAGAAUGCGAAUGCAAACCAGGCUGGAAUAGCGAUUGUUCCAGAUUGUGCCCUAUUUUAACAUAUGGAAAAGGAUGUCACGAAAUAUGCCAUUGUGAAAAUAAUGCCCAGUGUUCUCCUGUAAACGGCACCUGCAUUUGCCCGCCUGGGUUUACAGGAAGUGCCUGUAAUGAAACAUGCCCACUUGGAAAAUUUGGCGAAGAUUGCGUUCACACUUGCGAAUGUAAAAACGGCGCGACUUGUUCAUUGGAAACAGGCGAAUGCUUUUGCGCAGCAGGCUGGGAAGGACAGCAAUGUGAUCGCCCUUGUAGAAAUAAUUCGUUUGGAACAAAGUGUCAUGAAAAAUGUGUUUGUAAAAAUGGAGCCUCCUGCAACCCUGUUAAUGGGAGCUGUACCUGUAGAUCUGGUUUCACUGGCCAAUAUUGCGAGAAUAAAUGUGAACAAGGAUAUUUUGGGCCAAACUGUGAGCAGAUUUGUGAGUGUCAAGAUGGCCAUCAUAUAGGCUGUGACCCAAUUUCUGGAAAGUGUAUUUGUAAACCGGAAUGGAAAGGCAUUCGAUGCGAAUCAAAUUGUCCACGUGGAAAAUAUGGUAAUAAAUGUGAAUUCGAAUGUAAUUGUAAGAAUAAUAGCUCUUGUGAUCCAGAGUCUGGGAGUUGCUACUGUUCCAGAGGCUGGAAAGGUAAUGAUUGCAAUGAACUAUGUGAUCCAGGGUAUUAUGGUAUAGGAUGCCAUCAAAAAUGUCCUGAGGUUUUUAAAGGAAAUAAAACUUGUGAUCAUAUAACUGGAGAGUAUAUUUGUCCAGAUGGUUUUAUUGGUUUAACAUGUGAACACCCAUGUCCCUUUGAAACUUUUGGGAAAAAUUGUGCCUUUAAUUGUUCCUGCAAGAAUGGCGGAGAAUGUCAUCAUAUCACUGGAGAGUGUCAAUGUCUGCCAGGUUGGAUGGGAAAAAAUUGCUCGACUCCUUGUCAAACAGGAAGCUUUGGAAUAAACUGUGCUCAACAUUGUAAAUGUUUAAAUGGCGGUGAAUGUAGAAGAAAUGAUGGCGUAUGUCGUUGCAAACCAGGUUACACUGGAACUCACUGCAGUGAAAUUUGCCCAGAGGGAUACUAUGGAGACCAUUGCAUGACGCCUUGUGAAUGCGGAAACGAGAAUUUUAUUUGUCAUCCUGCUCAGGGCUGCACAUGCAAGCAUGGUUUUUCCGGGUCUAACUGCGAUGAAUCGAACAUAUUAAGUCGAAUCAAUUCCAACCCUGAUGAAGCAGGAUAUGGGGGUAUUGUAGCGGGAUUUAUGGUCUCACUCAUAUUAAUUGCAAUAAUUGUAUUGGUGAUAUUUUAUUAUAGAAAACGCGUCGCCAACCUUAAGACUGAAAUUGCUCAUGUACAGUAUAUAGCAGAUCCAAAUAGUUUAUCCCCAGAUCGAAACCAUUUCGAUAAUCCAGUGUAUUCAUAUCAAGGAUCAGGAAGAAAAGACAAUGAACACUUAUUAAACAAUACUAACACAAUAAGGAAUAAUUUACAAAAAACAAAUAAUAUGGCAUUAGAAAGGGCCAGACUUGGAAUUGCUGGAUGUUGCUCAACAGAUGACAGUGAAUUUCCCAUUAAAGGAACCUUUGGAAUAAACGAUGAACUAAGUUGUUUGAAAAAUAGAGAAGCUGAUGCAACGAAUCCAAAUAUUUAUCAUAGUAUUGAUAAACUUGAUCAUGUAUAUGAUGAAAUUAAACAGGGCAACGACCUAAAGGAUUUUGAUGUAGUAUAUGAUCACCUAGAUUAUAGUAGACCAGCGAGUAAUCUAAAGCCUCAGUAUCAACACAUGCCAAGCCCAUUUGGAUCAAGGGAUUUAAAUAACGAUGAUAAGUCGGAGACUGAUGAUGCUUGAGUUUCUAUUUUGUAAAUAUUUAUACAUACAUAUACAUAUAUAUAUACAAAUAAUUUUUUUAUAGUGUUC